AGGAUAUUGUUUUCAGACUGUAGCAUCAGCUUUAACGUUGCAAAACACCUUGCAGGAUGGCAGGAAAUCCGGUUGACCCGCUGCAGACACUUUCUGCAGCGUUAGCAGUACCGGCAGACUCGAAAGAACAAGCAGAUAUACUUGCUACUUUACGUGAAUCUCUUGAAGCGCACCCAAAUCCCAUACCCAUCCUCUGUACAACACUCAUCAAAACUGUGUCGAGUGCCGGUGAUUCUCUCCUCAAGAGAUGGGUUCUUGAUCUCCUCCAUUUUGCUAUCUCUCGCUCUAAUCUGUCUACCGAAGUUCGCACACAACUCGCGUCUCAGUCCGUCGAUACGCUGGUCACGCUCCUGCAUGACUCAAAUACGCGUACUGUGAAGGUGUCUAUUCAGUGUUUGACAAGUGUCUACCCGCUUCUUUUCCGUUCAUUGUGUACAAACCGUACCCUACGCCAGCAAUGGGACGUCCUCUCGCAGUGCAAGGCGCGCAUCCUAGAAUUCAUAUGGUCGCCAAACGCCAGCAGUGGCGUGAAGCUCUCUGCCAUUAAGUUCAUGCAGCGUGUCAUCAUUGUCCAGACGCGGGGUAUAUCGGACCCUAGGCUUCAGAACAAAAACGAUCCCAACAUUGCAAACGUUCCUGCGGAUCACCCCUUCAUUCCAGGUCCUGCGUUAGAAGCCGAAGGCAUGAAACUUCUUGAGAGCGUGAUUACUAUGCUGUAUACCAGCCAGAACCCUGAGCUUCUGAGCGCGAUACUUCACUCUUGGAGCAAUUUAGUCAAGCAAAGGCCCGCCCUGGUACAUCUAGUUGUAUCCUCACUCUCGUCUUGGACUCCUGCCGCACUGUCCGGACUUCCAGCAUCGUCUAUCAAAAGCGUUGAAAAAGCUGUCCGUAUAUUGCUCAUCCAUAUUUCGAGGGGACCCCAUGGCUCUUCAUUUGGAGCUCAAAUCAACGAGGCGCUCUCCCAACAAGCUGCUCGCAUGGAACGGGCCUCCGCAGAGGAAAAGGCGCGCAAGGCUGCCGUCGCUGCGUCUGCAACAGAGGCUACCAGGAAACGACCUUCUUCUACACCAGCAGAGCAACCAUCUGAUGCUAAACGUAUGAGAGUCGACGCUGACAUUCCCGGAAAUGCGUCCGCUGCAUUCCUAGCUAGCUUUGACUUCACCACACUUCCAAUAUCUCUUAUAACAGAUCUUAUUGUCGCCAAUCUGCAGGCAUUUACAGAGCCAGCCCUGCUUGAGUUAGUACAAGCUUACAGACAGAGCAGAGGGCUGGCUCCUGGCCUUCCUGCACCCAGAACUCCGCAGCCCCCUCAACCUACGCCGGAACCAACUCCUGCCCCUGGGCUUUCUACAGAACCUCCUGUAAAGGAUGAACCUGUGGAUCCACUUCAAAUGGAUAUCGACGAGGAGGAAAUGGAAUAUGAGCCUGAUAGACUCAACAUGGAGCUUUCGGGCGAUGAAACUAUAGCGGAGGAAGAGACAAUUCCAGCGGAUCUCCCAGAAGCCCUCACCCUUGACCUUCUCGAUUCCAAGAUACUCGAACCAAAAGAAUUGACCGACGUUGAGCGAAACGCUUUGAUCCGUGGAUCCGUCGCCCGAAUAUGGGACGGAACAGAAGAACUCAAGGCUGAUUCAAUUGUACCGUCACAAUGGCCUGGCGCUUCUCCUACCGAUAUGUGGAUGAUGCUUAUUGUUCGGAUGAUCACACGAGUAGCUCAUCUUGAUGGUGAUCAACCGCCCGAAGAUGGAGGAGACGAGCCGAAAGUUCCACAGGAGAAAACCGCAUUGGACUUCUAUUCGCGACAAGAUAAUUUACGACAAACAUUAUGCGACUACAUAAUGGCUGAUUUUCCCUCACGACUUCGUCUCGUCACAACGUGGAUGAAUGAAGAAUGGUACAAUGAUCUUGUUUCCACGUAUCAGACCGUCUUGGAAGGCAAGCCUGAGGGUAAGCCUGACGGCAAGGAUAAAGCUUUCGCACGUUUUCUACUAGAUUUACCCUCCGUGCCUCCCGACGUCCUGGGUCUGUUACGUGAUCUAUCUGUUGACCCUGACAAGAUGCAUGUCGGGUUCACCAGUCUUCGGGAGUUUGUUUUAGAGCGGCCAUCCCUUCGAGUCGAAGCCCUUCAGGUCCUUCUGGAAUUGACUACUCAUCCAGAUCCUGUGACCAGGCGCGCGGCCAUCAAUACCGUGCGACGAUGGGUUCCCGGCAUUGAACCCAUGGAUAGUAUGAUACGUGACUUUGCUCUUCAAAUAUUGCGCCGCUUACAAAAGCGACCAUCAAAAGAGGAGGUACCAAAAGUCACCGAUGAACAUGCCGGCCCAGGCGAUGAAAAUAUGGAAGAUGGCCAACUUCCCUCCGAGGACCUUAUGCAAACGCCGUAUCUAACGGAAGAACUAGAGUUACCAGCCCAGAAGGCUCACGUACUACAACACGUUGAACUCCUAUUCGCUCUAUCCGUCAAGAUUCCAGAGUUCUUGGAUGAGAUCUUCACGGCGUAUGGCCAAAUGGAGUUAUCCGUUCAAGAAGCGGUUCAAGACUUGAUCACUGCUCUUAUCAAAUCUUUAGGUUCAAGCAAUGGCAAACUAUUAACCCUCAUGCGCACAUGCCCCCCGGGGAGUGAAUCUCUUGCGCUGCGUGUUUUGACGAUCUUUACAGAGCACGGGAGACCGAGCGCGCAGCUUGUAGCAUUAGUGAAAGGUCUUAUUAGUGACCGCGAUCUGGAUGCUCGCUUCCUUAUUCCAAUCAUCGCAGAGAUGGACAAGCCGGACAUACUAAAGUAUCUGCCCCGAAUUGUCUCCAUUCUGAACGGUCAGCAAGAGCCCAAAAACCUGGUUCGGUCUGUAUUCAGCUCCGUUGUCACUACACCUCCGCAAACUUUCGGGACUGUGUCAUCAAAUUUGCCUCGUGUGAGGCAAAGUGAGCUUCUAACGCCGGCUGAGUUGAUGGUGUUACUCCACGAGGCUGAGAAGGAGAUCGGUCUCAAGAGCGCGAUCGAAGCAAUUGGUGUUUGCUUCUCAAUGACUGAUGUCUUCCGCUCGGAGAUUCUUGCUGUGGUAAUGCAACAGAUUGUAGAUGAACCGGUUCUCCCCGUUCUUUUCCUUCGCACUGUCAUCCAGGCCGUCACGACGUAUAGAACGUUGGUUGGCUUCGUGUCCACCACCUUGCUGUCGCGCCUGAUCACCAAAAAAAUAUGGCAAAAUCCUCACCUAUGGGAAGGGUUUAUACGAUGUGCCAAGGUUAUUGCACCGGCGAGCUUUGGCGCAUUGUUGCAACUGCCAAAGGAGCAGCUGCGCGAACUUGUUGAUAAGCAACCGAGCCUGAAGUCUGGCUUGCGAGAGUAUGUCACCAAAAGGGCCGGAAACAAGGCACGAGUGGCUGGUUUCUUGGAUAUUUUUGGUGAGGACGAUGAUGCAUCUCCUGUUGCGCCAGUGACGCCAGAUGUAAUCAUGGCCUCAACUCCUGUGUAGAAUUUUGAGCGCCUGAAUAUUCUUAAGUAUUCUACUAUUUCAUUGGUGUAAUUGUUGCGGACAUAAAGUGUCUUAUCCCCGUGUAUAUUCGGACAGACGGAGUAAUUUCAAUCCCUUGUCCCGGA